AUGGCAUUAAUAUGUGGUGAUUCCUGUUCUAGGAAAAUUUACGGCACCUCCAUGUGCAACUCUUUGGAGAUGUGGCCAAUCCGUGUGCUAAUCAUCACCAUCCUGUGUGUCUUCUUUGUCACUGGUGUGACUGGCAAUGGCCUGGUCCUCUGGAUGACCCUCUUCAGGUUACCUCGCACGGUCACUACCAUCUGGUUCCUCAACCUGGCCCUUGCCGACUUCUCCGUCCUGCUGUCCCUGCCUAUCCCUGUACAUAACUUGAUCCAAGGCCAGUGGUUCUUCGGUGCGUGGGGAUGCAAAUUCUACCAGGCCUUUUUGAAUCUCAACUUCUUCACCAGCAUCUAUCUCCUGGUCCUCAUCUCUGUGGACCGCUGCGUCUCCGUCCUCUACCCGAUCUGGGCUCGGAACCACCGCACCGUUCGGAGAGCAAGCUGGCUGGCGGCUGGCGUGUGGCUUCUUGCUUCUCUCACCUCCAUUCCCUACCUGAUCUUCCGGACCACCGGCGUGCAGAAGGAUGGUUGUAACUACUGUUACUUCAACUUCAAUAUAGAGAACAAAACAAUGGACGCAGAGUGGAAGCGAGUGGUUAUGACAAGACGCCUGUCGAUGACGGUCGCUCACCUCCUGCUGGGCUUCCUGGUGCCCUUGGUGGUCAUCAGCACCUGUGCCCAUCUCAUUCGGGUCAAUUUCCCGCGGGGUGGCUGGGUCCAUGCCAGGGGCACGAAGAGAUUGCUGUUGGUGUUGGUGAGCACCUUCUUUGCCUGCUGGUUCCCAUUCAACGUGGCUCUCUGCAUCCAACUGUGGCGCUUCAUGGUGUUUAGAAGGACCAUUGACCCCCACAUGUUGCUUUUCCUUUGGGGUGCCUUCUCUUUGAGCUGCCUGAACAGUUGCCUCAACCCCUUCCUCUAUGUCCUCAUAGGCAGAGAUUUCCAAAAAAAGUUCUUCCAGUCCAUACCUCAUGCCUUGGCCAGAGUGUUUGGUGAGGAAGGGGUUCUCAAUCUACCUGCCCUGGAGGCAGAGCCCCCAGGGCAUGAUGGAAACCUCCAGGUGGAAACUGGAAGCCCUUCUGCUUAG